AUGGGAAACAGCUUGGAUUGUUGUUACAACCCGCGCUGGUCUUACCAGUGCAUUUUUCCUUGCAUUCGUUAUUGUACAUACUCAGGACGCCGGGUCUUUUACAACUUUGAUGGCAUGGAAAAGGUUCAACCACUUGUCCAUAUUUACCACCCCCGGAACGAGCGCGUCCACCGUUUUCCAGAAGCUUUUUAUGGCAUUGAUGACGACGAUGAUAUUAAAUAUCAAAUGCAAAGCCAUGAUGGUGUGUACACGAACAUUUAUAAGAGCUAAGGUGGUAAAUUGUGAUUGAGCCAUUGAGAGAGUGAGACCAACUAACUUGAGAACAAUUACGGUAACUGCUGCUUUAAUUACUGACUGAUUAGCUUGGAGUACUCACGCUGAAACAUAUAUUAUCAUAAUGUAACCUUGUAACAAAUGCUUCCUGAUAUAUGGAAUUCCUGAGGAUAAAAAAUCAGCUGCAAUUGUAUCGAUUAAUCUGACUUUCUAAUAACACAGGGCUUGAUGGCGCUGGUCAGAUCGCGGCGUUGUGUAAGUAUGCAGCGGACAAUGGCUACACCAUUCGCGCGGUGGGCACAGGUUCCUCUUGGUCUCGUCUCACCCACACUAGAGACAUACUCGUGGUCAUGACAGAUUUGAACAAGAUUCUCGCAGUCGCACCACCGACAUCAGAGGAUUCACAGUCGGAGGAUUCAGAAAUGGAAUCAACGGAAACGAAAUAUGAAGUCGAAGUACAAGCCGGGAAACUCGUUGUAGAUUUUGUCAAGGAACUGGACAUAACCUGGCGCUCAAGAUGA